AUGCACAAAAAUCAUCACAAACAACUCUUCAAAACUUUAAUGCUUCAGAUAACAGUACCUUCAAUAUUUGAAAUAGAGUUGAGCCUGCCAACUGAGGUUCUUUUAUCAGGAUUCAGCUUAUACCCAGCUGCAGAUUCAAUCAUGGUCAUGUACAUAGUAUCUGAGUACAGGAACAAAAUUAAACGUGAUUGCGAUGGACUUGAAGUAACAUUGAACGGAAGAUUUUACAGAAAUACUGCUCGGUUUGUGGAAAUUCGUGUGCUUUUGCAAAACGAAUCGCGUGGAACACUCAGGAAACCAGACGACAGGGUCGUUGUGACCUGGAUAUUGAAGUUAUGGAAGUUCAUCAUUAAUUCAGACGGUCGUUCAUCCUGUAUAGUUGGUAUAGGCCAAUCAGCCCGUCAACUUGAAAAAUUACCUUGUUAG